CUUCCUUUCUACAGGCCAAGAAAAGGGAUUUGCCUGUAUCUUCACCAGGAACUUAGUGCAGGAUGGCCUCCGCGCUGCCAGCUGAGACAGAGAUUGAAACAGAUGAACGACCUGUGAUAUAUGUAACUGGCUUUGAACCCUUCCCACCCCAUGCCGUAAAUGCUAGCCAGCGCGCAGUGGAGAGGCUACGUGAAACAGGAAUAGGGGAGGAGCUUGGGGCGAGUCUUGUGGUUGAGGUCAUGAAGGUAGAGUAUGACUACGUGAGCAAGGUCAUCCCCAAGAGGUGGAAGGAGCUAAGGCCAAAGCUUGUGGUUCAUGUGGGAGUGUCAAGCCAGGUGUGCACACUCACUCUGGAACAGGUAUCUCACAAUUGUGGUUACAAUAGGAAGGAUAACUGCAAUUCGGUUCCACACCGGGAGGUCUGUGUACAAGGAGGGGAAGACAUGUUGCAGUCAGAGAUCCGCAUGGACCUAGUCACCUGCGCCAUCAACAGAGACACUAAUUUGAAGCUGUCCAGUGCAAAGUCGACCGAUGCAGGAAGGUAUCUGUGUGACUUCAUUUACUACACCUCCUUGAAACAAGACAAGUCUCGAGUGGCUUUCAUCCAUGUGCCAGUCCUAGAGAAGUCUUCUGCGGAGGACACAGCGGCUGCUAUUGGUGCAGCUAUCAAGUGCAUGUAUCGACAGGUGGCUGAGAGGGACAACAAAGUGGCAGAGGGGGAGUGUGUGGUCAAUGGAGCACAGGGUUGAGGCAGGGAAAUAGUGUGGGAUGAGAGAGAAAGAGAUUAUUCUCUCUCUCUCUCUCUCUCUCUCUCUCUCUCUCUCUCUCUCUCUCUCUCUCUCUCUCUCUCUCUCUCUCUGCUCUCUCUCUCUCUC